CCUGUGCGCCCGACUGACGGAUUCUUGUAUCGCCGCCAUCGCACGACCAGGGACGCAGCUAUGUUCCACAAGGCCCUCCUCCCGCUCCUCGCGAGCGUCGCCGCGAUCGCGUCCGUAGACGCGCGUUUCCCGUCCAAGGCGGAGCUGCACGCGAAGCAGGCCGAAGCCGCGGCGCGCAUUCGCGCGAACAUGCCCCGCGCGACCGGCUCGGGCGUGAAAAACAUCACCUUCAGUGACCCCCGCGCGUCCCAGUUCUACGUCGACGGAACGACAAUCCCAGACGUCGACUUCGACGUAGGGCCCAGCUGGUCCGGACUUAUCCCUAUCAGCAGCGACCCGAACGAGACCCGCAAGCUCUUCUUCUGGUUCUUCCCGCCCGGGCCGCAGGGCUCGUUGGACGACCUCAUCUUCUGGACGAACGGCGGCCCGGGGUGCUCCUCGCUCGAGGGCCUGCUCCAGGAGAACGGCCCGUUCCAGUGGUCGCUUGGCCAGGCGCGCCCCACCCAGAACGAGUUCAGCUGGACGAACCUGUCGAGCAUCCUGUUCCUUGAGCAGCCUGUCGGCACGGGCUUCUCCGUGGGCAAGCCGAACGUGAAGAACGAGAACGAUGUCGCCGCUCAGAUCGUGGGCUUCUUCCAGCAGUUCCUGGAUAUCUUCAAGGAGCUCCAGGGCAAAAACUUGUACCUGACCGGCGAGAGUUACGCGGGCAUGUACGUCCCUUACCUUGCCAAUUACAUCUACGAGCACCCUACGGACUUGAACCUUACGCUCAACGGCUUCUGGGUUUCUGAUCCCGUCCUUGGAUGGGAUGUUGUCCAGGAGCAGAUCCCUGCAGUGGAUUUCGUGCACAAGUAUGAGGGUGUCUUCUCGUUCAACCAGACCUUCCUCGCACACCUCGACUCCGUCGCUGAGAAAUGCAACUACACCGGCUACGUCGCCAAACACGUCACCUUCCCACCCAAAGGCCUCCUCCCGCUCCCCGGGAAGAGCACCGAGUUCGACCACGGGUGCGACGUCUGGGACGCGAUCUUCGACGCCGCGCUGCUCGUGAACCCCGCGUUCAACAUCUACCGCAUCUUCGACACCUGGCCCAUCCUCUGGGACGUCCUCGGCUUCCCGGGCUCGUUCCCGCAGCAGCAGUCCCCGAUCUACUUCGACCGCGCGGACGUCAAGAAGGCGAUCCACGCGCCGGCGAACGUCUCCUGGGCGGAGUGCUCGGACGUCGACGUGUUCCCGCGGGGCGACGCCUCGCUCCCGCCCGCGUUCACCGUGCUCCCCAACGCGAUCGAGAAGAGCAAGCGGUCGGUGAUCGUCCACGGCCUGGCGGACUUCAUCCUCAUCGCGGAGGGCACGCGGAUAGUGAUUCAGAAUAUGACCUGGAACGGCAAGCAAGGCUUCCACACUCCGAUCAAGAACGACAGUUUCGUGGUCGAGGGGAUGGGCGCUAUGGGGAACACUCACACCGAGCGCGGUUUGACCUACUACGAGGUCUCGCUCAGUGGACACAUGGUCCCGCAGUUUUCACCUAAAGCUGCUUUCCAGAUCAUGUCCUAUCUCAUGGGCUUCCGUGACACUCCGUAGACAGACACGAAAUGUUCAUGGCCCGGAUAUCAGAUUGACAAUGGAUGUCAGGGUUCC